CGACUUGAGGGCGGGACCUGCGCGGCCCGCAGCCCCUCCCGAGUGCUCUGCGCGCACUGGGCGCCCCUGGACCCCGGAGACCAUGGGGAAGCUGGUGGCACUUAUCCUGCUGGGCGCCGGCCUGGCCCUAGUCUGGGAGAGAUUAUUGACAUUUAGAGAAAGAAUGAAUGCAUAUCGAGAAGUAGAGUCAGUAGAACCCCAGAACUGCCGCCUUAUUGAGGGAAUUGAAAAUGGCUCUGAAGAUAUUGACAUCCUUCCUAGUGGGCUGGCUUUUAUCUCCAAUGGAUUAAAAUAUCCAGGCAUGCCAGACCUUGCACCAGAUGAGCCAGGACGAAUCUUCUUGAUGGAUUUAAAUGAGCAAAACCCAAGGGUCCAGGAAUUAAACAUCAGUGAUGGUUUUGAUAGAGCAUCCUUUAAUCCACAUGGAAUGAGUACUUUCAUUGACAAAGACCAAACUGUGUAUCUUUAUGUUGUGAACCAUCCCCACAUGGACUCCACCGUGGAGAUAUUUAAAUAUGAGGAACAACAACGUUCUUUGGUAUACCUGAAAACUAUAAAACACGAACUUCUCAAAAGUGUGAAUGAUAUUGUGGUUCUCGGACCAGAACAGUUCUAUGCCACCAGAGACCACUAUUUUACCAACUUCUUCUUGGCACUAUUAGAGUUGGUCAUGGAUCUUCGCUGGACUCAUGUGCUUUUCUACAGCCCAAGAGAGGUUAAAGUGGUGGCCAGAGGAUUUAGUUCUGCCAAUGGAAUUACAAUCUCACUAGACAAGAAGUAUAUCUAUGUAGCUGAUGUAUCAGAUAAGAACAUUCAUGUUAUGAAAAUACAAGACAACUGGGAUUUAACUCAACUCAAGGUAAUACAGUUGGACACCUUAGUGGAUAACUUAACUGUUGAUCCUGACACGGGAGAUAUUUUGGCAGGAUGCCAUCCUAAUGCUAUCAAGCUGCUGAUGUAUAACACCGAGGAUCCUCCAGGGUCAGAAGUACUUCACAUCCAGAAUGCUUUGUCUGAGAAGCCCGUGAUAAGCACCAUGUACGCCAACAAUGGCUCAGUACUUCAGGGUAGCUCUGUGGCCUCUGCGUACAGGGGGAAGCUUCUCAUAGGCACUGUAUUUCACAAAGCCCUGUACUGUGAGCUCUAGACUCCAGACAUCCCCAAAAGUCUACACGUUUGGUAAAAGUAAACCCCUAAUUAUAUGAUUAGUGGAACUCAAAGUAAAUGACAAACACCAAUAAAAGUGUGUCCAGCUUUUCUUAUGCAUAGACAUAAAGAAGCAGAGAAAUUACAUAAUAUUCCCCUAAUUCCAAGUUAAGUUAGCAACAGUCUGACAAGAAGCCAAACCUCUCAAUUCUUUAACCUACUAUUCCCAUUAUUCUUUCUACAAUAAGACAUGUGAGCUGUGAUGAGUGAGGUGUCCAGCUCACUUGGUAGCUGUGUGGCAAAAUUACCUCAUAUGCUGCUCUGAGCCUCCUGCAGUCCAGACCAGGAGAAGAGGUCAUGUUCAAAUAUUUACAGUUGCCCUUCUCUUCCUUCAAUUGCACGAGACACAAACUGCCAGUCACGUGCCCAGCACAUGGAUAAAAGCAAGAAUUGGCACUGUGAGACUGCCCAAGCCCUCCCUGAACUGGCCUUCUCCCAACGCAGACACACAGGAAGUCAGAUUCUGGAAAACGUGACAAGGACAGAUGGCACUGUCUGCUUUAAGCUGGGGCAGGGCUAAUCUGCUCUUUGUAACAGGUCAUUAUGUAUGGGGAUAGCUGGUCUCUGAAGUGAAGUGUUGUUACCAGCUUGACUCUGAACUAGGAGACAGGGCCUCAGAACUGUUAAUCCUCAGCUGCUAUAAACUUGUUAUUUUGGUUGAUUCAGUAAACACUUAUUAAGCAACAUUC